UGUUGCGUCUUGAUGUUCGUUAGCCUGUUUUUGGCAAAUGACUAUUCUUCUUUGUACAUUCGUUCAAGCGUACGCGCAAGUACCGUAUUGACAGUUUGACACGCGUUUCGUACGUAUCCGUGCAUUCGAAGAGGUUAUCGUCGGGCGAACCGUGAAUCGUGCCGUGGCAUUGUAUUUCACGCGAAAAAUUGAAUCGCAGUGUGUCGCGUAUAUCGAUAGACAGCGUAGUUGGGAACCGCAGUUCGAAAUCAACGUCUGUAACAACCAUACGGGUUUCGUACGUGUACCGAUCGAAGUGACAUUAGCCGAAACGGAAUGUAGCAGAUAUUCUUUUGGCUCUAUCCACGGAACGCAUAAUCGACGAAAUAAGAAAACAUUUUCUCCGUUCUAAGAGACAUUUGGGACAGUGUGUCAAGGCCGGAAAUUCUUCGAACUUACGUUGUGCCUUUGGGUCUUUAUCACGUUUCACACGAUGUAACGGAACGCCUGAGCGGGAAGUAAAGGCUAUCGUUUAUGCAUCUGAAACGCGUUUGGAUCCGAUGGUAACAGCUCGGCUCGUCGAUCGAUGCCCCCUCGCGAUCCGUCUGUGUCUUCGUGUACGGAUUUCCUGCUGCGCCUGGAUCUAGAACACGGUGUCAAGGUCAAGAGAAUCCGAUCAAGAAUUCGCGUGCAUGUCAGACAUCCGUAAGCAGUAACAGCAGUCUGUAAACGCUUCUAGACGCUCGUCGAUACGUGACGUUUCAUCGUACGAGGAUCAGUGUUUUUCAAAGUUGUCGAUCUAACGUAGCGAGUGUUGUCAAGAUCGUACGAUUUUAGGAGAAGAACGUUACCACGAUCAAAUAAGUCGUGACGAUUCGAAGCUGAUACGUAAUAACAAUAAUAAUAAUAAUAAUAUUAAUAAUAAUAAUAAAUAGCUUCGAAUGUAAUUCUCGUGUGAUCUAUCGAGCGUCUACGAAGGUCACCGUGUUUCUACAGUUUUUUUCCAUCGAUGCGAGCUUCCAUUGGACUACAGGCUGGCGCACGAAGCGAUAAACUGACGUAGAAUUUGGCGGGACACGAAACGAACGCUACUAGGAAGGCGUACGCGCUAUUUGAUAAAAUAAUCGGUCUCUUUUUUUUUCUUUCUAUUCUCCUCGUCUUUCUUUCUUCGUUUUUUUUCUUUUUACGCGCGCGUCCGAAGCAUCGUCUACGAAGCUUCGAUCUCGCCGAGUGUUUGUCCGCUGUUGGACGCAGAUAGAGAGGUUUCUUUAUCUGUACGCGAAGAAACAAGCGCGAUCGCGCAAGCAAGAUUAACCGGCGACCUGGCUAAUUUUAAUUCGCGCAACAAACAAGCAGCGAAGACGCGAUUGUCGCGCGAUAACGGCCAAACAUCGCCGCCGUAACGUCGAACGUCGCUGUUCGCGUGUUCUCCAAUAUGGCGAGUGACGCCGAAGACGAGUCCAGUAUCUCGAGUGGUUUCGUUGUCUUCUGAAUCGAACGUAUCCCGUUCCAAGUGUCGACUAUCGCGGUCGAAGGGCGCACAAUCGACCAUACAAAGUAUACCGUUUAUCCAGUGAAACGUUACGAGAGAUAUCGGACACGGUCGAAUUUUUAUCAGACUCGGACGAUUGACAUUCAUGCGAACGUUACGAUAUGAGAAGCAAAGAUGACGAUCUAUCGAAUUCGAGGUUCUGUUUCGACGGUACAAGAAAAUUUCGACAUUCGCGCGGCCAUGCGAACCGGUUUGCACAUGGUUGAGGCGAAUCAUUAAGAGAAAAUUCGUUGGACACGGUAAACUAAACUCGUUUGGAAAAGAUGGCAACAUUGUGGAGAGAGCAACAGGAACAAGUGUACCUGCACCCUCAGCAACACCAAACGUUACAUCCGGGGAUCAUGGCCGAGCAAACGCACCAUCACCAUCAUCGAUCCACCGCUAUCACCAACAUCACCACCAUGGAUCUGCCAGUUCCAAGCAAUCCAAGAGCGUCACGGAACAUGGCAGAGAAACAAAGACGCGACAAUCUUAAUACGAAUAUCUCUGCGAUGGCGACACUUGUUCCUACCGUCGCCGAGAGUCCAAGGAAAAUGGACAAGAUAUCCAUCCUGAGGUUGGCAGCAGCCUUCCUCAGAAUGCGAUACACGGUCGGUCGUGGUACAGUUGACUUCCUCCCUCGAGAGCUUGGCGAGCUGGACCUGGAAAAAUAUAUCGUCGACAACUUGAUCGAAAGCGGGGGGUUCUUCAUAGUCAUCACGACAACCGGGAAGAUAGUUUACGUCAGCCGGCAGGUUCAGGAACACCUUGGCCAUACCCAGGCAGAUCUUUUAGGACAUUCGCUGUACACCUUCAUCCAUCCCAAGGAUCACGAGGAAUUAACGAAAAACCUCACCCCGGAUGAGAUGCAGGGAUUGGUGUCUUCGUCUACGCCGCAUAUCACCGAUGGAGUGAACGAUAAUUCCAAUUCGUCGGAAGAUUCGACAACACCGAAGAACGAUAGAAAACAAUUCAGAGAGCAGAGACGUGGCUUUGAACUUAGAAUGCUGCAUCAUACUGCAUCGAGGCGCGAGCACACGCGAUACGAAUGGUUCGAGAUCUCAGGAAUGCUCAGGCUGGCGGAUGCUUGCAAAAAUUCCGAUUCGAACCCCAAUCGAACGAAACAUCGAGAAAUCACAUCAACCAGCAACGAUAUCGUUUUUGUGGGUGUAGCGAGAUUGUUGAUGAGGCGGCCCAUUACCAAAAUAUCGAUCAUAGACGCGAAUAAGGACGAGUAUAUCACUCGACAUUUGGUGGACGGCCGGAUCAUUUACUGCGAUCACAGGAUAUCGGUAGUGGCUGGUUACUUAUCAGAGGAGGUGUCGGGUAUGAGCGCCUUCGGUUUCAUGCACAUGGACGAUCGUAUCUGGGCGAUGGUUGCACUACGUCAAAUGUACGAUCGCGCGGAGACUUGCGGAUCAUCCUGCUAUAGACUAACUUCGAAAACGGGCGAAUCCAUUUAUUUACGCACUCAUGGAUAUCUAGAAGUAGAUAAGGAUUCGCAAAUCGCAGUGUCUUUCGUAUGCAUAAACACAUUAGUAUCGGAGGAAGAGGGUGUCAAGCUAAUGAAUCAAAUGAAGAAGAGAUUUUCUGCUACGAUCUCUGAGACUAUGAGAGCAAUGAUUCAGAAUGGUGACGAUGCAUCGAUCGACUUGGGUUCAGAUUCGCAACACUCGAGAAGUAGUGUGGAGGAUCCCUCGCAACUAGAGGAUGCAAUUACGUAUCUAGUUAGCGAUUUAUCGUCGCCUCUUCCGGAGGAUCGCCUCACAGCAUCGCCUAUGCCAAACGAACAAUACGUAAAGGCUGCAAUGAUUUCGCAACAUUUACCGCCAGCUGCUGCUCAAGCUCGGAAACUGGGCAUUAAAAAGAUCAAUCAUUAUUUGAUGGUACAAGGCAAAGGAAGUCGGAAUCAAAAACAAGAGUCAAAAGCAAAUAAUAAUAAACACGAUUCCAAAGAGAGGCAAGACAAAUCAAAGUCACCUGAAGAAAAAAUAACGCUACGUGAAGUAACAAAACAGCACAAUCUUCAUGAUAAUUCACAAGACAACCAGAGUUCACCACAAAUGAACAGCAUAAUCACCACAAAUGAGUCGACUGCAGAAACAUAUAUAAGUACCCAACGAGAUUCUGGAAUGUCUCAUCUUGAGGCCUCUCAGAAUGUGAAUAUUUUGAGUCCUACUGCUGCAGCUGUCAAAGUCUCCACAAAUGUUUCAAAUUCGCAUAAUCUAUGUAAAAUUAAAGUUGAACGUAACAUGGAUACAUCAACCGUGGAUUCAUACAUAAGUACUCAACGAGAUUCUGGGAUGUCUCAUUUUGAGGUCUCUCAGAAUGUGGAUAUUUUGAGUCCUACUGCAGCUAUCAAGAACCCCAAAAAUGUUUCAAGUUCGCAUAAUCUAUGUAAAAUUAAAGUUGAACAUAACAUAGAUGCUUAUACGCAUCAACAGAAGCCUGUGAUGGAUUAUGUUGAAAAUAAUGUCGAUAACAAUAUUACAUCUGACUCGAAGAAUCUUCCACUGAAGAGGAUAUAUAGCGACGAAGAUACUAAUACAAGUUGUAGUAAAAAAAGACACAGUAACGUCCCUUACGCGUCAUCUGACUCAAGCGACGAUCAACAGAACGUUUCAUGCAAGUCUUUUAUUGACCAGGAAUUUUCAGAACAUUCAUCGGACUUCAAUCAGUACAGCAAUAUAAAUCCUCAGUCGAUAAAUGUUGCGGAAUCUCCGAAUUCAAUUUUAAACGACGUCGUUAUCGAUUAUGAACAACAGGUGGAUUCUAGCGUACCGUUUAUAUCCCCACAUUUGGAUGACGAAUUUAACCGCCUUCAGGAUCUGAAGGACGAUCCGUUGCUGAAUCCAGGCCUGGGCGCAAAUCCAGAUAUUAUAAUGAAAAUAAUUGAUGAUUUAAGAUAUGUACCGAUUCUUGAAAAUCCCUUCAAUGAAACGCAAGUACAACAACUACCUGAUAACAAUAUUAUCAAUAAAGAGAUAAAAAGGAAACAUCUCCAACUCAUGAAUAGCAUAGCAUUACAAGAAUCGGAGCUCAAUAAUAUAGAAAGAGACCUGAAAAAUCCAGUUUUACGAGCAAAAAGGGAAAGUUUAACACCACAAAUGGGAUCCAUACAGGCAGAACAUAAUAAGCAGAAACAAAUUCUUGAAACACUACAACAAGAUCAUAUGCAAAUAAACAUAAAACACAAUAUUGGUGUAUAAAAAUUUUCGGGAAUGCCUACAACACAGUUUCAAAAAUACUUCUAAAUUUAGCAAAUUGUUCCUUUAAGAAGGAAAGUUUUAUUUCACCAAGGUCAUAAUAAUUAAAAGAUAAGUAUACUGAGAAGAAGUAUACAGUUGGUAAUGAUGUGCGUCUUGUUGCACAUCCAUCGCACUGAAUAUUCCAAUGAAGUUUACAAUAACUUAUUCGUCUAUCAAUGACACAACGAUAAAGUGAAAGAACAUGUAAUAACAAUCCAACAAUAUAGCGAGGUCGAUUUCCGUUCUAUGAUUUAAGAAGAGAUAAUAAUAUUUAUUAUCAGAGACAUCUAGUGAAAAUAAAGUGUCAGUUGAAAGAAUUUCAAUAUUUUGUUUUCAAAUUGAACUAAGAAGAAAAAGCAUUGCAAGUAGAAAACAAACUAUUUAAUUAAGAUACUUUACGUCGUGUGUAUGCAGAAUUUUUAAAACGCACUACACAUCGCCUAAUGUUUGGCGUAAACAUGAACAAUUUAUGUAUUGUAAGUGGUGAGCGUGUUUUACAUUUUUCAAGGUCCAGUGUUGCGCAGUUUUCAAAUUUUAUCAUAGUAAACUUGUGUAUAGUGUAAAACCAAUUUUGGAUGGACACACUAUUUCUUUAGCCUUCAGGACCGUUUGUGCUCACCCGUUGUUCUCGAUUGAGAACGAAAACUAUUUCUACGUCGAAUAGACUAGAAUAUGUAUAUGUAUGAAUGGAUUUCAACAAUUCUGUUUAAAUUGUACUAAUUAUCGAAAUUCGAUUUAAUCUAUACUAAUAAAAGCAAGAUGGUAGUACAAAAUUUCUGUUUUGAACGAAAAAAACUAUGUCUUUAAAAAAGAAUAUAUUAUAAAAGGAAUAUUAGAUACAUAAUUGUAUGUAGCUUUUAUUAUUGUUACUUGAAAAUAGUAACAAUCACAUAUUAACUAUAAACGUUUCGACUCUUAUCGAUUUCUUUUUUUCCUAAAACAAUUUCUAAAAUUGUGUGGAUUGCUUAUUAUUUCUCUAUUCAUGUAUAUACUACUUGUGACAUACAUAUGCACUUUUAAGCAUUUGACGCAUUAACUCGUUAUUUUUACAAAUUUUUUGAGAGAGUUCAAUUCCAUUGUACAUAUACGUAAAUCAAUGUUAUAUUUCGUGUUUGCGAUCGUCAUUUAUGACGAACUUUUAGAUUUUAUUGGUCUCAUUAUCCAUCCAUAAGUAGCAUAAUCAGGCAAAUGAAUUUGCCAUUGAAUGUAAAAAGAAUGUUAAAAUAUACAAAAUGAAAUUGUGCACAGGAAAAAUUAUACAUUAUGGACGUAUUCAAUACAUAUGAAUAAUAUGUAUAUCAUUUUAGUCCCAUUUUCCUAUGUACAAGUAUCAAUAAGGCUGAUAGAUUGUAAAUAAGAAUUUCGAAUAUUUUAUUGAUCGUAUUACCGAUUAAGGAAAUACGUUUCCUUUUAGGCCGUUUUCUUCUGUUCUUUGUGUAUUGUUCAUCAUUCAUUCAUGUUGUAUAUCUAUUUACAGUUCAUGUGCUAUUUCUUAAAUACACUAAAGAGUUUUUCAUGCUCCUACCUACUGAUACGAGUUAUGAUGAUAGGUAGGAUUUUAGAGUCGUAAUUUACAAAUAAUCUUCUAAUGUUCAUGCAACCAUCACCCCUUUUUUAACGUAAAUUCGUAUUUUGAAAUAUGACGACAAAGCAUUGUACAAAUGAUAUUUUUUAAAGUAACAAUAUUCGAGUAGACUCAAAUCAGAGAAUACAAUUUAUAUUAUUUUAUGUGCUUGAUGACUUAGCAAAAGUUAAUAUAGAUUAUGUAUUUAUCCUGAUUAUCUUUGAACGAUGCUUUGUACAAAUAAGAUUUAUGAAAUUACGAAAAAAGGGUAAUUAUCUGCGUAUAAUUAUCUACAUAUAUGUGUAUACAUCAUGUUCAUUGUAAAAAAAAUGAUCGUUAACUCGUUUUUAUGUCAUUGACAUCGAUGUCAAGCGUAUUGAGGUAGAUCGUCGUUCUAUUUUCAUUUUCAUCUAGCGUUAUGAUAUAUAAAUGUAUAAUAUAUUAAGAAAAGUAUAAUAUAUUAAGAUAUAAACUAUGCUCAUUUUUAUGGUUAAGAGAGUUCGACUAUUCUUACCUCAUGAUCGCUUGACGUUGAUAAGAAUCUAAACUUUUUUACAUACUAUCAUACUGUUAGUAAAGAUAUAAAUGAUCCCGCGUGUAAUCAUUAUAUUAUGGGGGUGUUUAGUUAAGUGAAUGGCAGAUUUUCCAAUUUGUCAUUAUCAUCAUAGUACAAAUAGCAAAUUUAAAGUGUCUAUGUUUAGUGUCACUCUUGAUCCCUUUAAUUUAUCAAGCAAAUUGUUCAUAUGUUUUAUGAUUCUUGGUGAUGCAUUUUGUGCUUAGCCACCGUGCUCAUGUUUUGUAUGUCUAAAAAAAGUAUGCAUAGAAAUGAUAUUUCUACAAUUAAUUGUUAUUGAACCAAUUACAAAUUGGUUAAUUUAUGUAGUAUCUAUUAUAUCUUGUUAAUUAAAAAUAUUAUAAUACAUAUAAGUGACUUUUAUGUGUUUCUUGAAGCCUUGUAAUAAGAUAACAAUAUAUAAUUCGUAUUUAUAUGAACAUUUAUUAAUGGCAGUGAAAGAAUAUGUAAUAGUCAUUUGGUAUGAAAGAAAAUUACAAACCUGCCUCAUCAAAUAGAAAUCAAAAUCUUUACUCGAUCAGAAAAUAUGUUACAAAAUGAACAAAACGUGACAUAAACAGAUGGCACUACAGGAUUCGCUAUAUAUUUAAUCUUAUAAUACUGUAAAUACUACCUUUAUUAUAUUUUAUACUCUGCUGUUUGCACAUUAGUGAUUUUUACAAUUUCUUUCUGUAAGAUAACAUAGCACAAUUCAAAACGAUUGUGUUAUACAUCCUUCUUGUACAUUUCUAUACAUAUAUCUUUACAAGUAAAAUGACAAUUUUCGAAUUAUUGUAUGAUCGAAUUACAAUAUUGAUUUGCUGUGCAAGCAAUGUCAAAAAUUUUUAUGUAAAGCGAUCGUCUCUCCGUAAUCUUGUUUGUAAAAAUGGAAACGAAGAAGAAGAGAGAUAGAGAGAGGGAGAGAGAGAGGGAGAAAACGAGAAAGAAAGGAGGAAAAAGAAAGUUGAACUUUAUGAUGACAGUAUUACGCUUCUGCGUAAGGUAACCGCAUAGUAAUAUAUUAAUCAUUACUUUUUAGAAAUACUGAAAACUAAUAAUUUAAAUUAAAAUCUCCAUCAUGCAAUAUGUGAGUCGUUUUCUAUUGUCAGAUAUAUAUAUAUAUAUUCUUCUUUUUUUUCUUUUUUCAAGCUUGCACAGUUGUACUUUGACACGAAAAUUGGAAAUAUUAGUUCCUAUUCUUUUUCUCAUUUCACUAUGUAAU